AGAGGCAGAUAGAUCAUCCAUAAAUGGUAUUUAAGUACAAGUAGUGUUUCUUCAAAAUGAGUGUGAGUGACGAAAGUACUCAGCAACAGUCUGAACCUAAGUGGUAUUUAGUGUAAAAUGUAUUUACAUAUGAAAAAAAUAUUGAGUUACCCGAACAAAAAACAUUGGUUCAAUGGGUGAUUGUUGUUUUUACCUUUUUUUUUAUUUCUCUCUUGAUUGAAACUAAAACAUCUGUAAAAAAAAAAAAGUACAUUGUUUUAAAUUUGAAAUAAUGAAUCAGCAUAUCUUAGAAAAACUGACUACUACAUUUUUUAUUUUUAUUUUUUAUAUAUUUCUGUGUUGUGAUCCGGGGGAAAAAAAUGAGUGUGAUACAUCUUUCUGCACAACCACUCUUCGUUGCCCAGCCUCCAGUUAACGUCACACGUUGCGCGGCGCAAGGAAGUCCGUCACCACCGAAGCUCUCCUACCUGGAUCUGCGAAGCUAUCGGUUCUGAUCGGUUCAGUUUUUGUUUGGAUUUGAAUCCAGAAUCUGAGCAACGCUUCCGAAACAUUUAGCGGCAAACUACCAGUGCGCCGGUUGUAAUCGUCUUUAUACGAUUGUCGGAAAUUACUAAGCAAAAGUAAAGUUUCGGGUCGAGAUGAGUGUGGAGGCGUACGGGCCGAGCUCUCAGACCCUCACCUUCCUGGACACCGAGGAAGCGGAGCUGCUUGGAGCGGACACACAAGGCUCCGAGUUCGACUUCACUGACUUCACUCUCCCCAGCCAGACGCAGACGCAAGGCCAGACUCAGAGCCAACUGGACGGCCAGGUGAAUGGACCGGACGAGGGGCUGCACAACGGGGGACUGGAUGAUUCUGUGGCCAAGACCAGUCAGUUCUUGGGCGAACUGAACUUUGAGGAGGAUGAGGAAGAUGCGUACUACACCAAAGACCUACCUGUGCACGCUUGCAGCUACUGUGGUAUUCAUGACCCAGCAUGUGUGGUGUACUGCAACACCAGUAAGAAGUGGUUCUGUAAUGGACGUGGGAACACAUCUGGCAGCCACAUUGUGAAUCACAUGGUGAGGGCCAAAUGCAAAGAAGUGACCCUGCAUAAAGACGGGCCGCUGGGCGAAACGGUGCUGGAGUGCUACAACUGUGGCUGCCGCAACGUCUUCCUUCUGGGCUUCAUCCCUGCCAAAGCCGAUUCCGUGGUGGUUCUCCUCUGCAGGCAGCCCUGUGCCAGCCAGAGUAGCCUAAAGGACAUCAACUGGGACAGCUCCCAGUGGCAACCACUGAUUCAGGACCGCUGCUUUCUGUCCUGGCUGGUGAAGAUCCCGUCGGAGCAGGAGCAACUGCGAGCUCGUCAGAUCACGGCUCAGCAGAUCAAUAAGCUGGAGGAACUCUGGAAGGAUAAUCCCACCGCCGCGCUGGAAGACUUGGAGAAGCCUGGCGUGGACGAGGAGCCUCAGCACGUGUUGCUGCGUUAUGAGGAUGCUUACCAAUACCAAAACAUCUUUGGUCCUUUGGUCAAACUGGAGGCUGACUAUGACAAGAAGCUUAAGGAGUCACAGACUCAAGACAACAUAACAGUCAGGUGGGACCUGGGGCUGAACAAGAAGCGCAUUGCUUAUUUCACACUGCCCAAGACAGACUCAGACAUGCGCCUCAUGCAAGGUGAUGAGAUCUGCCUGCGUUACAAGGGAGACCUUGCCCCUCUGUGGAAGGGCAUUGGCCAUGUCAUCAAAGUCCCUGACAACUACGGGGAUGAAAUUGCCAUUGAACUGAGGAGCAGCGUUGGAGCUCCUGUGGAAAUCCCACAUAACUUCCAGGUGGAUUUUGUGUGGAAAUCCACCUCAUUUGACAGGAUGCAGAGCGCCCUGAAGACCUUUGCUGUUGACGAGACGUCGGUCUCCGGCUACAUUUACCACAAACUUUUGGGCCACGAGGUGGAGGACGUGACCAUCAAGUGCCAACUGCCGAAGCGCUUCACCGCUCAGGGCCUUCCUGACCUCAAUCACUCACAGGUCUACGCAGUGAAGACGGUGCUGCAAAGGCCUCUGAGUUUAAUCCAGGGCCCUCCUGGCACUGGGAAGACUGUCACGUCUGCCACAAUCGUGUACCACCUGUCCCGCCAGGGCAAUGGGCCUGUCCUGGUGUGUGCUCCAAGUAACAUUGCUGUAGAUCAGCUCACUGAAAAGAUUGAUAAGACUGGCCUGAAGGUUGUCCGGCUGUGUGCUAAGAGCAGAGAAGCCAUCGAGUCGCCGGUGUCUUUCCUGGCACUCCACAACCAGAUCAGCAACAUGGACAGUAUGCCAGAGCUUCAGAAACUGCAGCAGCUGAAGGAUGAGACUGGAGAGCUGUCGUCUGCAGAUGAGAAACGUUACAGAGCCCUGAAGCGCACCGCUGAAAGGGAGCUGCUCAUGAACGCUGAUGUGAUUUGCUGCACCUGUGUCGGGGCUGGGGAUCCCCGUUUGGCCAAGAUGCAGUUCCGCUCCAUCUUGAUCGAUGAGAGCACCCAGGCCACCGAGCCGGAGUGCAUGGUGCCGGUGGUGCUGGGAGCCAAACAGCUCAUUCUGGUCGGUGACCACUGCCAGCUGGGCCCUGUGGUGAUGUGCAAGAAGGCAGCGAAGGCGGGCCUGUCUCAGUCUCUGUUUGAAAGAUUGGUGGUUCUGGGAAUCCGGCCAAUCCGCCUGCAGGUCCAGUACCGCAUGCACCCGGCUCUGAGCGCCUUCCCCUCCAACAUCUUCUAUGAGGGCUCGCUGCAGAACGGGGUCACAGCAGCUGAUCGCAUCAAGAAAGGCUUCGACUUCCAGUGGCCUCAGCCAGACAAGCCCAUGUUCUUCUAUGUGACUCAGGGUCAGGAGGAAAUCGCCAGCUCUGGAACCUCGUACCUUAACAGGACUGAGGCUGCCAACGUCGAGAAGAUCACCACCAGGCUGCUGAAGGCAGGAGCCAAACCGGAUCAGAUCGGCAUCAUCACCCCCUACGAGGGUCAGCGCUCCUACCUGGUCCAGUACAUGCAGUUCAGCGGCUCCCUGCACACCAAACUUUAUCAGCAAGUGGAGAUUGCCAGCGUGGAUGCCUUCCAGGGCAGAGAGAAGGACUUCAUCAUCCUGUCUUGUGUUCGUGCAAACGAGCACCAGGGCAUCGGUUUCCUGAACGACCCUCGUCGUCUCAACGUGGCGCUGACCAGAGCCAAGUACGGCGUGAUAAUCGUGGGGAACCCCAAGGCGCUCUCUAAGCAGCCUCUGUGGAACAACCUGCUGAACAACUACAAGGAGCAGAAGGUUCUGGUGGAGGGACCGCUCAACAACCUCAGAGAGAGCCUCAUGCAGUUCAGCAAACCUCGAAAACUCGUCAACACCAUCAACCCGGGGGGCCGUUUCAUGAGCACUGCCAUGUAUGAUGCUCGAGAGGCCCUCAUCCCCGGAUCUGCAUAUGAUCGAAGCAGCACUGCUGGACGACCGUCCAACAUGUACUUUCAAACACACGACCAGAUUGGAAUGAUUGGGGCGGGCCCGGGUCACAUGGCCGCAAUGAACAUCCCCAUACCGUUCAACCUGGUGAUGCCCCCAAUGCCUCCUCCCAGCUACUUGGGUCAGGCCAACGGCCCCGCUGCAGGCCGUGGUGGUAUGAAAGGAAAGCCCGGGCGCAGCGGGCGGCAGAGGGUCCGCGGCAUCGGGAACCAGGGUCCCGGUCAGGUCAACGGACCAAACAGCCAGGCCAGCCAGGAUGGGGCCUCCCAGUCUUUCUCUCAGGGGCCGCUGACUCAGGGCUACAUCUCUAUGAGCCAGCCCUCUCAGAUGAGCCAGCCCGGCCUGUCCCAGCCUGAGCUGUCUCAGGACAGCUACCUGGGUGAUGAGUUCAAGUCUCAAAUCGACGUGGCUCUGUCCCAGGACUCGACCUAUCAGGGCGAACGUGCGUACCAGCAUGGCGGAGUGACCGGACUGUCACAGUACUAAAGCCACCACCAAGUGAAAGCGACGGGAUAGCGAAACCAAACCAAUGACCAGCGAGCGAAAUGAGAGGGUAGAAGAAGAGAGCACUAACCGAUGCGCAGGGAGAUGGAAGGAGAGGCCGCGUGAACAAGCGAAAGGCAGGAACCGAUGCCCGUGCGUACUGAUGGAAGGAGGUCGAGAGGAUGGCGGCGUCUGGUCGGGCUGCUGAGGGGAAACGUGAGAGAUCAACAAGUCUCUGAGAAUCCAAAAGAGGUUCAGUCCCAAAGAAAAUGAUCCAUGCUACAAUGCCCCCCAACACAGAGUCUCUGCGAAGGCUUCAGUCAAGUUUCCUCGUCUCCCGACGAGGAUCAAGGUGGAAUUUGAAGAAUUCUUUCUCCAAACCUGGACAGAAACGUUUGCGGAAAGCUUUCUAACAUUCAGCACAGACAAAAAUAGGAAUCCCCAUGCUGGAUGUGGGUUGUCUGAUCAGCCCGUGUGACAUCCAAGACUUUUAAAAAAAUUAGGUUAACCAUGGGAAGUAAUCUUCAAAUGGGCCCAGACUCCUCGGCAGCCUACGAAGGAAGCAGCGGUCGACAAACCUUCUGAGAGAGGAAAUAAAAACGCUGGUUUCUGUGCUUGAGUCUGAUGUUGAAAUACCUUUCACUUGCCUUGAGAACCACUGGCUCAUUCACAAGGUCUUCAAUGGGGUGGUUUCGGCCACGUCAGAGGUGGAAAGGUGUGUGGAUUUCAGACUUUUUUUUUUCCUUUUCAAGGCAUGAGAAUCCGCAAUAUCGCAAUCCUCAUGGGACAGUUUUUCUUCUCUGGAGUACCUUUCUUAUCACAGAGCACAAAAUUGCAAAAAACUACAAAAAAAAAAACAAGUUGGGGGAACUCAACAUGACCAGCGGAGAACAUCCAAGUGUCAUUUGAUGUUUCUGCUUAGCCUUUUUUUUUUCUUAUUGCAGUCUGUCAGAAACUGGUAAAUUCUCUGCUUCAGUCGUUUUUAUUUUACUUUUUUUUUUCGUAGCACGCUGUAUGCUUUUAGGCGGAUGCUUAAAUGUUUUGCACCUUGACUGUCGAGCGAGUCCCUGCAUGCAGGGAACGCAAAGGAUUAUGGGGGAUGAGGAUGAAAAUGUGGCAGUCGAUUCACAAAGAAGUGGAAAAGGAAGGUGGCUGGGGCAGAGUGAAGGGCGUGGCGUUUGGACCUAACAGUCCUUUAUUUUUGUCUUUUUUUGUUUUUCUAUAAGUCGUCGUUGAUCAGUCAAACAACCAGGCAGAAGGAAAAUUAGUGAAUCAUCAAAGAUGUGAGAUGGUGCCGUCAACAGGCGGCGGCGAUGAAUGACCAGAAUUAGUGCCUAUAACCUUCAGAGAAACAGCUGCAGCACAAGCAUGAAUGUAGUUGGAACCAGCAAAUAGUGACGACAAAGGACUUUUCCAUAAAAGAUCCGAUUAUUUAAGAGCUGGGAUGAGAGGCGGAGCCACCUUCCUUCUCUGUGGAGUGAAGACCGGCUGGUGUGACGGUGGACGUUUCUGCUCGUGCAUAACGGUUUGCCUGCAUUGUUUCAGUUCCUCUUGAGAUCUAUGAUGCUAACAUUUCUUGGACAACUGUGAACCAGAACCCCAAUAGAUUUAGCUUCUGUCACGUUUGCAAACCAGUGUGGGGGUUUGGAACAUUUGUGUCAUUUUCCUAUAACCCGUCUUUUUUGUAGCAACUUGCCGAUAACACGGGAAAGCGGCGCGGGCCAUUUCCUGUCUUCAACCAAGACUUUUGUACCUUCCUCAAACUGUCCGAGGGAUUGUAGUUUUGUAACUCUUAAAGGAGAGACGCUUUCUGAACACAGUACGAAUGUAAGUCCUCCAUGUGUCUCACCUGCUUCUCAUUUCUGCAGAUUUGUGACAAUCCUGUUUCACAUAGAUGACUCCACCUUUAAUUGACUUGUUCGGUUGACAUUGUGGAAAUCUCAUUUGUGUUUUAAUGUAUCGGCCUGCUCCACUAAACUAAUGUUCUAGCUUUAAAGACCCCCCCCAUCACAUUGCUUUGACGUGUUCCCAUCUUCUGAGCCACAAUUGAUUGCAUUGUGCGGUGAUUAUUAUAGAAGUAAUUCCGUUGUUGAUUUGUUGUUCAGGUUUGCAUUACCAAUUACUAAUUCUGUCAUCCAACAAGAUUAAAUUGAUGGAUUAGAAAUGUCAGUGUGAUGUGAAUACAUAUUUGCAACAAGUCUUAUUUGCAGUGAAACAUCAUCAGUGAUGAUUCCCUCGGUAAACCAAAUCAAUAAAAAGUUUUCAAUUUCA